AUGUCAUUGUCUCCAAUUUUACAUCAAGUAUGCUCCAGUGGUUUUAUCCAUGAAGAUUUUCUUUCAGUAAUGAAACAAAAGGUACCAACUUUAGGCACUAAGAGUGAUUGGACUAAUCGAGCAUUCUCACAUUUUCAGUUGUUAACGAAACUUUGUCUACUAGCUAAUAAGACUAUCACUGCAGCCGUUGAUCGUUUUCUCAUGCGAUCCAUCGUUAUUUCAAACGUACUUAAUGAAAAUGAUUUUAAUACACAAAUAAACGUAACUCUCGAGCAAUUUUAUCGAUCGACAAUUGUCGAUUUUCGUUUUAUAAUUGACAUACAACGUCUUUUUGUGCAAAUUGAUCAACCAUAUACAGGAAAAGCACCAAUGAUUUACUCCCAAUAUCUUACAAAUCUAAUCAUAAAGAAAAAUAUGGCAUAUUCAGUAAACAAUCAACAACCAUCACAGGUAUCAUUUCUUUUCACUGAAAUUUAUGAUGCAAAUUCGACAUUGAUCAAUUGUGGUUGUGCUACUAAUGUUCAUUGUCAAACUUCGGCUUUUAUGUACCAUAAUAAACAAGUCGCUGAAGGUGCCGUUUAUAUAAUACCAGGCAUAGUUGAAGGUUGUUUUGUUAUUAAUUCACUUCUGUACUCCACACUUCAAUGUUUAUAUUUGGAUUCAGAUUGUUUUCCAAUUCUAUUCGGUUUUCUAUUUCGUAGGGAUAUUGAUGAUAUACCUAUCGAACGCAUCAGUAUUGAUCGAAUGGCAGCUAAGCGUCUUGGUCAAUGGACCACUCGUCUUUAUAUUAUUUUGCUCAUUAUUAGUCUUAGCAUUCCUGCUCUAUAUGCUAUUAUUCAAUCUCAAACUUUGACAAAAACAUACAAAGAACCAUCUUUUAAAUCAUACGAAAAGCUUCAACGUGAUCAUGAAAAUGCACUAGAAUGUCCAUGUUCAUCUAUUGCAACAACAUACAAUGAAUUUGUUAAAAUUGAUGCACGAUUUCAUGAAUAUAUUCUUGAUUGUGAACUGAAAUACGAGAAUUCUUUAUUCACUAAAGCUGUAAUCUAUGAUGAUCAAUGUUCCUGUGGAUUGUCUCCAUUGUGUACUACUCAAGCAAGUUUUAUUGAAAGCAAUUCUUCUAAAAAAAUUCCGAUUCAAGGUUUAAAAAUGGGUUGUACGCCAAGUGAAUCAUUUCGUGCUUCAACACUCGAAUGUUUUUAUAAUCAAGCAUGCCUUACUUUAAUUCAACAAUAUACAAAUUACAAAGCUCGUAUCGAUCCUAUUUCAUCUAACAAGAGUCAAUUUUCUAUUAAUACUACGAUGGCUGAACUUAUCGAUCAUCUAUUUAUCGAAGAAUGGAAAACAAAUAUAAGUUAUCGAACUUAUUUUGAAAAAUGUUCACCCCUAUCUUGUUCUUAUACUUAUAUUCAACGAUUUAAUUUAUUCUAUAUAAUCACUCUUCUCCUUGGUUUGCAAGGUGGUCUGACGAUUGUUCUUAAAUGGAUAUGUCCUAAACUAGUGUAUGGCCUAGCCAAAAUAUAUAAUUAUCGAAAGAGGCAAACAAAUAUUAUUCAACCUUCAUGUUCACAUGGAAUAUCGACCAUUAACAUAACUACUACAAAUGUCUAUAAUGCCGAUAUCGAUCCAAAGCCAAUACCAACAAAUAGAACAUUACGUUCACAAUCAAUUUGUCCGUUAACAUUUCAACCAAUAUCAAUCAGUUUAUCUCAACCGUAUGAAUGGUCAGAUAGAUUCGUUAUCGGUGAUUUUAACGGUGACAACCAAUUGGAUCUUGCAUUUUUUUAUACACGCUUAGGUAAUAUAAUUGUACUUCUUGGAAAUGGCAAUGGGACUUUUAAAACAGAAAAAACAUUUUUGACAGAACUAAUUUGCAUACUACAACAUGUUGCUGUUGGUGAUUUUAACAAUGACAAUCGGUCUGAUCUCGUCAUUAUCUGUUCUAGAGAAAUGGGAAUGUAUAUUUUGCUUGCAAAUGAUGAUGAGAUGUUUGAAGUAAACACAGAGAUCUCAAUCGAAAAGGACAGUAGCGUAGAAUCUAUUUCUGUAACUCAUUUCAAUGGUGACAAAUACUUAGAUAUCGCUGUCGUCAGUUACAGACCAGUUAGUAUUCUUAUUUUUGUUGGGUAUGGUGAUGGAAGUUUCUCAAAGCCUACAAUGGUACCGGUAGUGCAUGGUAAUACACCAGAGUGCUUUGCUAUUGUUGACUUUAACGAUGAUGGUCAAUUAGACAUUGCUGUCAAAAACGAGAACUCUAUGACUAUUAGUAUAUAUUUUGGACGUGGUGAUGGAACUUUUGAAGUACCGAAGUGGUAUUAUAUGGGACUUCUUUUCUCCGAUUACCGUAUCUUAGCUGAUGAUUUCAAUGGUGACACUCGAAUAGAUCUUCUGUGCUACAACUCUGAAAAGAAUCUUAUUGGCCUAAUGACUGGAUAUGCUAACAAAACUUUCGAACUACCAAAAUGGUCUACCAUUAACAAUAUUUCCGCUUCGAGUAAUAUUUCAGACAAUAACUUCUACGUUGACACUCGAUAUGAAAUUGUUCUCAACAAUAGUUGGAAAAAAACAUUUAAGGCGAAUCAUGAUGAGGACGAAACUGUAAAUCUUGUUAGUGAUUAUAAUUGUGAUGAUCAUGCUGACAUUAUUAGUUAUGAUCGUUAUAGCGUUAUAUUUGGCUUGCUUGGACAGGGAAAUGGCAAUUUUGAAAAACAAACAAUACUUUUGCGUAUUGGUUUUGACCGUAUAAGUGAUAUCGCUGUUGGUGAUUUUGACAACGAUUCUUAUCAAGAUAUAAUGGUUACCCACUAUGGAUCCAGUAUCAUAACGAUUCUUUUAAACAGAUGUGAAUGUUGCAAACUUAAAAAACGCUAG